AACCUGUCUCCCCUGCAGCCAGUGACUGCCCUUGACAGUGGCGGGUGCAGUUUUUGGAGGAGGAGGAGGGUGUAGCGUGUUCCCUCGGAAGUGAUCUGUUGUCCCAGCUCCUCCUCCAUACAAUGUAGCGGCUCCCUGGCCGGGGUGUCCGAGGACUGAGACAUGGGGCUUUCUGCUGCUCAACAAAGGGCCGUGUUGCUGGUUUCCCUGUCCCUUGGCCUCACACUGGCCCUUGGGUUCGGGCUCCCGCAGGUUCUGAAGCUGCUGUUCCGAUUCUUGGGUUUUCCGUGUGAUAAUGUAUCGCAUUGCAUUGUCCUGCUGUACUUUGUGUUAGUGCUGUGUGUGGCACUGCCAGCUGUACCCAGAGGAUCUGUGCCAGUGAGUGGUCUGUAUUUUAUCCUGUUAAACAGCCCGUGCCAUGGGCUGCCAAUGCCAGUAGCAUGGCUUUAAUAUAGAUUGCUGUUAAUUGCCUGGAUGCUAAUAAUAUUUGCAAUGCAUAGGGCAUUGAGGUACCCCACCAGUGCAUGGAGUAUCCUGUUUAACAUCACCUGUUACAUUCACGUACUUCAUACAGGGGCUCCCUAACAGUGUGUAAUGUGAUAUGUUUAUCCAGUUUCAUGACAUGCCAACAUACAUUUGUGAUGUUCAAUAGUCUAGUUCUGAUCUAGUUUGCUUUUCCCCCACUUGGGUCAAUGCCAUGGCUGAAUUUGCUGUGACAUACUGGCACUAAGCCUGAAUUGGUGAUUAAUUGACAGAGUGGAAUUUAGUUGAAUGGUCUAUUCAAUAUUGUUUUAUUUCAAGCACAGCUAAGAAUAUAUGGGUUUUUUGUUAGUCUGUUUUUUUAACUUCGAUGUUGAGAAUUAACCUGUUGUUCUACAAGUUAGUCACUCUAUCUACUUGUUGUGUUAUUGUUGGAUGAGCUUUUAAAACAUCAGUGUUAUGUUACCUCGUCUAGAGAGUUAGCGGGAUGAUAGCUAGAGGUGCCUAUAUUCAAAAUGUAUAGAUUUAUAAUUCCCAUCAAUCUUAAAUUACAAUCCAGAAUAAUCAUUUCAUCCAUCCUGAGCAUCAGUGAUUGGCUGAGGGCACUGGGUUAACCUGUCUUAGAUUUAUAUUUUAAAUUGACUUUGAAUUCUUACUUUAGUAAAUAUCAUACUUCCUUAUUUAAGAGGGACAGUCCAUGUUUUGGAACCAAAAACAUCUGUCCGUCCUUUUUCCUUGUCCCUCUUUUGUAGGAGCUCCAUAUUGUUGGUGUGUGAGGGUGUAACAUUGAUCCACCGCAAUAAUAUGUCUUUAAACUACAAUAAAUGUGUUUAGAAAUCAGUAUGUAAAUAAGACACCACCUUGUUCUAAACUACAUUUUAGCUGUUUAAAUUAUUAUUACUUACUAAUAUUUAUUAAAACAGACCCGACCCCUAACCGUAUCACCAACCACACACUAUACAAUUAAAGUGUCCCUCGUUGUCUAUUUGAAAUGUUGGGAGGUAUGGAAUAGUCUGUGAAAUAUCACCUCACUCUCUACAGGAGACAAAGAAUUGAAAGAUAAUAUACACUAAUCAAAGAGACAUUAUCUCCUGAUGAAUAAGUAGCAUUCCUUUUGGAGUGAUAUAGAGAGCACAAACUGCCUGCAAUUUGACAAGUAGGAGAUAAAUGUGUGAAAGUGAUAGGACUCUGGUCUGUUGAGAGUAGUUAUCUUCUACAGGCCUUAUCACUUUUUUUUUUUUUUUUUUAAGCUAUUUUGUUAAAUAUGGCCACACUUUCAGUGUCAGGAAAAUGUUUUACUUUUCUGAGAAAUAUGUGGACAUUUUGUAGAUUUCCAAAUGUCCUGUUUUCAGAAAAAUAAGUGAGAGUUAAAUUUAUUUCAAUGAUGGUGCACUUUCCACUAUCUAAAGUGGCAUUUGAUUGUAUAGAUAAUGUGUAUUAUUACUGUCUUCCAGAUACAGGGUAAAGAGGUGCUGAUCACUGGGUGUGACUCGGGAUUUGGACUUGCAUUGGCGAAACAUUUGCACAAAUUGGGAUUUACUGUAUUUGCAGGGUGUUUACUGAAGGUGAGUACACGGGGGGAGGAGGGGGGGGAAUAUAUAAAUUUCACAGAUCUAUAGGGGUGCGCAACCUAUUGCAUUAGGGUGUGCACCCUAAAGCACAAAAACACAUGCCACUUGUAUAUGUGUAUAUAUAUUUAUGCUCGGAAUCUCUAUUAUGUUAAAGGACCACUCUAGGCACCUAGACCACUUCAGCUUAAUGAAGUGGUCUGGGUGCCUGGUCCAGCUAGGCUUAACCCAUUCUGUUAUAAACAUAGCAGUUUCAGAGAAACUGCUAUGUUUAUGAAUGGGUUAAGCCUUCCCCCAAAUCCUCUAGUGGCUAUCUCAUUGACAGCCGCUAGAGGCGCUUGCGUGAUUCUCACUGUGAAAAUCACAGUGAGAGCACGCAAGCGUCCAUAGGAAAGCAUUGUAAAUGGACCCUCCGUACUUGAUGCCCAAAUCAACCACCUUGUGCAAAUAUAAAUCAAGCUCUUCUCUCCUUUGUUUGUACACCGUGCAGAUAACAUCGCGAUAAGUGCCAAACGCGAUAACAAAUUGUGGAAUGGUGAGUUUUUUUAUUCAAACGUGGAUCUCUAGCUCUUAAGACAACCGAAAUGUCCCUGUAGUUAUAUGCUCUAUUUUCUAGGACGUCUUGGGAGGCUAUGAGGAGGGACCUGGAGUGGCUUUGCAGCCUGCUGUUUAUGGCUUGCAGAUUGGCCAGUAUAGUAGCCAGAGUGUCCUGGGUAGAAUCAGAAUAGCCAACUGGAGGCCCUUGAGAACUCGUGCCGGGCCUUGGGUUGUUGGCCUGAGCUGUCAGAAGUUUAUAAAGUUCAGCCUUUCUAGCGGUGGCUGGAAAGGGGAUCUCCCUGAGCCUGAGCUCAGCCGAUAUUUUGGGGAUGGUCCAAUAUCUUGGGGAUCUGGGAGUAGAAGGAGUGAGGGAUUCCUCCAGAAACCCAGGCCUGGCUGGCAUGCUGGCUACCUCAUCUGAUGGGGAAUCGAUAGUCGGUUCUUGAGACAUUCUGAAAGGAAUAAAUGAUAUGGAUAAGUAGGGUACAGUAGAGGUGGGAUGAAACCUCCGGAGAACUGGCCUGAUAGUUAGUGCCGAGGCGAAGAAAUUACCUAGAACCAAGUGACGCGUGAGGCCCUGCUAUUGCCAAGUGGCGGUGGGAGGCUCUACCUAUGAUUUGGGCCGAGUGGGGUUUUGUGGCCACCAGAAUGAGGUGGCGGGGUGUUGGCCUCCCGGUGACUGUAAGAGAUUCAAAACGUGUGGCUGUGACAUGGGAAGCCCUAACUGUAGCCCAAAGACAAGCGAACGAGGUGGCUAGCUAUGCUUUGGUCGUGGGGCAGAACCUCCGUGUUUGAGGUAGGGGUGUAGACCUCACGGACCACAGUUUUUAUUUGGGAAAGCUAGGGCCGGUGCCUGCCCUGAAAGCCAGUUCUCUAACCUGAUGGGGGCUUGUCUCUUGCGAGAAGUAUGUAACAUAUGUAAAUACUGACCUUAAGUGUUUGUCCUGUAUAAUGGGACAAUGCUCUGGGCGACUUCAAUAUAUCUGUGUUAUAUAAAUAUACUUCGAAGAAGAACGGGUUCAGUCCAAGAACCUAAAGGUAUAUAAGAUACUAGUAGGCCUGAGGCGUGCUACUGGUAUACCAAGUGUAAAAAUGUAGAACGUAUGGAAAGGUGUGUAGCAGGGAGACUGUGAUGUAAGCCCUGCGUAAGCUGGGGGACCUGAACGUAGGUCCAAUUUAAGAGACAAGCCCUUGGUUCCACCAAUGUGCAUAAUUUGUGAAUGAUACGUAGGCGAAGGGAGGCCUUAAAAGGAACGUAAAUGUAGUGAGUAAGAUUAAUGAUAAGUAAUUUUUCUAGUGGUCAUAUUUUAUUUGGAGCGCUCACAUACCCUUGUUGGUUAAGAUUAAUGAUACCUGAAACCGAAACGUUUGGGACCGGGCAGCCUGUUGGUUGUUGUUGGCGUAUUGAGUCAGCGAAAUGGUGCUGGGCUAAGUAACGAUAUUCAGAAAUAAUAAAACAAAUUUAAUAUGUACAAAUAAUAACAGUCACAUGGUGGGUGAUGCAUCUUGACAUCUGGUGUUCUUUAAAGUUAUUAGCCCACUUAGGCGGUGGGAGGGAAUUUUGUAAAAAAGGCCGUGGAGGCUGAAUGAGGCCUCAUGAAAACGUAAAAAUGGCAACCUUUUUUUUUUUACCUGAACCUUGAAAUGGGAAACUGGAACCACAUUCUGGAGUUAUUUCUUUAAGAAGAGAGGCAGAAUCUAAAACAUGUUAUAUUUACGUAUAAGGAACCGGGUAUAAUGUUUAAUUUAGACAGAGAUUUAAUUUAAAAGAAUAAACGUGGAGCUGGAGGUUUAAUGGUGGCUCAGCUCAUCGAUAUCACAAACGUAUAGGGGCCACGUGUUACUUUAAGAGAAUGGCCCCAGGGAAUAUAUCAGAUUAAAUGACUGGUGGUGAAUAAUGUCACAUAGAUUUAAGAAAAAAACCGUAAGAAGAAAUAGGUAAGGAACAUUUGAAAUUUAUAACUAAAUAUUUAAACCCCCUUGUGUUCGUCUACUAUUACGUUCGGGAUAUUACUGGGUAGUUAGAUAAGGAUCCAGACAAAAGAUUGUGUGACAAAUAGCCGUUCAUACGUGUUCGGCUAAACAGACAAAUGCCAGAAACAUACGAACGUGGGUGAGAAUAAGCGGUCGGUAAUUACUUUAAUGAGAGUAAGCGAAAAGCGUGUAUUCUGCGGUCGGCUGAUAGCCACUCGACCGCAGAAGAACACGAACAGUGAGGGUUGGGGGGACCUAUUAAUACUAUAGUGCCAGGAAAACGAGUUUGUUUUCCUGGCACUACAGUGGUCCUUUAAGGACCGCAGACGUACUAGGUAAGUUCGACAAAAACGGUCCCUAAGGACCGCAGAUGCACCUAAUACGUCUGCGGCAAAUAUAUUACCUACCCAAUCGCCACCGUUCCCCAGCCAGCGAUCAGUGCCCAAACAGUUCCCCCUCGGCAAAUUAGGCCCCUGUGGGCCAUAUGAUCUCUCUGGCCUCAAUAGGUGUCUUUGUAUCUGCCUGCAGGGGGACUGCCUGGCCUGUCAAGCAGUUGCCCUGCUGCUGUAAAAAAAAUAAUGUUAAAAAAAAAAAUAUGUCCUGAAUAUGUCCACAGUUGUGAACUGAAACCUUGACCACUUGGAUUAAAUGCCUAUUUUUUCAUGUUGAAGUCCUUGAGUGCUGGCUUUCUUUUUGGAGACUGUAUUUGUGUGCAGCUGAGCACCGGGCCAAGAUUUGGAGGAGAGCUGGAGUGUAAAACUCCCACCGUAUUUUGUGUGUGUGUGUAUAUAUAUAAUAUAUAUAUAUAUAUAUAUAUAUAUAUAUAUAUACUAAGUGUAUUUUUAUAUUAAUAUAUACAUAUUUAAAUUACACACGCGUGUGUGUAUGUAUAUAUAUAUGUGUGUGUGUGUGUAUAAAUAAGUAAAAAUUAUAAAAAAAUAUUUAUGUAAUUUUAUUCUAAUUGUAUUUUGAUAAUAUAUUUAUAUCAAAAUACACUUAGAAUUAAAUUAUACAUGUAAUCUGUGUAUAUAUAAAUAAAAAUACAAUAUAUAUAUCUAUCUCCACAGAGCUUUCAUCAGGACAUGGCAAUGACAUUGGCCAUGUCCUGAUGAAAGCUCCGUAAUGGAGCUGAAACAUUGAUGUCAUUUUGAAUAAAGAAGAAUAACUUAAACUCCUUGGAGUGCCGGUAUUCCCUCUGUAUAUAUUGCUAAGCAACCAGAGCACCAGGUACCAUUAUUUCUUGGCUGGAGUGCAAGGGCUUUUUACUUUUAUAUUUACAUAAAUACAUAAAUAAUUUCAUAAAUAUACACGUAGACUUCAAAUAUAUAAAUAUGUAUAUAUAUUUAAAUUCUACGUGCAUAUUUAAGUAAUAUUUUUACAUAAUUAAGUAAUUUUAUUGAUUGCAAUUUGGGGAAACUGCCUGACAACUAGGGCCGUAAGUCCAGAGAAUUUAAUUUGCCAGCACGAUAUUUAACCCUGUAACUUUCCAAGACACCCUAAAACAUGGGGGGUUCUGUUUUACUCGCGAGAACACAAUUAUUUGUGUUUCAAAACAGUAAAACAUCACAGCGAUGAUAUUGUCAGUGAAAGUGAAGUUUUUUUGCAUUUUUCACGCACAAACGGCACUUUUACUAAAGAUAUCAUUGUUGUGAUACGUUUUACUGUUUUGAAACACUAAUAUUUGAGUUCAGCGAAGUCUCCCGAGUAUAACAGUACCCCCAAUGUACAGGUUUUAUAGUGUUUUUGAAAGUUACAGGGUCAAAUAUAAUGCUUCAUUUUCCAUUUUUUCACAUUUAAAUUUGCUAGAUUGUUUAUGUUGGUUCUGUUGCCUUUGAGAGCAUAUGGUAGCCCAGGAAUGAGAAUUACCCCAUGAUGGCAUACCAUUUGCAAAAGAAGACACCCCAAGGUAUUGCAAAUGGGGUAUGUUCAGUCUUUUUUGUAGCCACUUAGUCAAAAACAAUGGCCAAAGUUAGCGUUCAUAAUUGUUUUUUGCAUUUUUAACACACAAAUAUAAAUGCUAACUUUGGCCAGUGUUUGUGACUAAGUGGCUACUAAAAAAGUCUGUACAUACCCCAUAUUGAAUACCCUGGGAUGUCUACUUUAAAAAAAAAAAAAGUACAUCUGAGGUGUGAUUCAGAGAUUUGACAGAUUACAGUGUUACAGUGUCACUAUUAAUACAUUUUAAAAAUAUAUAUUUUGAAGUAGCAAUGUCCUACUUGUACUUAUAGCCCUAUAACGUGCAAAAAAAAAAGCUAAGAACAAGUUAACAUUGGGUAUUUCUAAACUCAGGACAAAAUUUAGAAACUAUUUAUCACGGGUGCUUUUUGGCAGUUGUAGAUGCGUAACAGAUUUUGAGGGUCAAAGUUAGAAAAGGUGUGGGGGGUUUUUUGUGUUUGUUUUUAAAUCAUAUUUAAAAAAAAUUUUUUAUAGUAAAUUCUAUGAUAUGAUGAAAAUAAUGGUAUCUUUAGAACAUGGGUCAUCAACCUGGUCCCUACCACCCACUAGUGGGCGUUUCAGGAUUCCAGGUGAGCGGUAGGGAUUUCGGUGGCUAAAUCCUCUUUUUGAGAGGAUUUCUCCUUUUUAGACUGGGCGGGCGGGCGCAAAAUUUCAGUGACUGGCAGGAGGGAAGCACUCCCUCCUGCCAGGCCACUUUCUGGCCCCCCCGGCGCGGCAGAGUUCUAAUCUGAGGCGGUGAGGGAGCUCUAACCUCUCUGCUCUGCUCCCUCGCGCAUGUUUGCUGAUGUCGCGGGAGCCGGAAUAUGACGUCAUAUUCCGGCUCCUGGCAUCAGUAGACAGCCUGCGAGGGAGCAGAGCAGAGAGGUUAGAGCUCCCUCGCCGCCUCGGAUUAGAACUCUGCCGCCCGCCGAAGUAAAGCCCCACUGGACCCCAAAGACAGAUCCACACCAGCUCUCCAGGUAUUAAUAAUUUGUGUGUGUGUCUGUAGAGAGCGAACUCGGGGACUGGUCCUGGCCGCAUAUCACUUGGUUCGGCAGGGUGGAAAUCUUCAAAAUGAACCUCCUACCACGAGUACUCUACCUUUUUCAAGCUCUACCGAUUUUCAUUCCAAAGGCCUUUUUCACUUCCCUGCGAUCCCUGAACCCGAGGUUUGUGUGGCUGAAAUCACACCCAUGCAUCAAACAUGAUAUCCUCACCUUGCCGAAGUCCGAGGAAGGGUUGGCACUACCAGACUUCGACUUUAACUACCAGGCCACACACAUACAGAGAGUGGUGGAGUGGUCUAAAAGGGAGUACAGAAGCUCUGGGAACAAGUAGAAGCCAUGCACAUGGGGAGGCAGAUGGUGGUGGUGCUGUAGCUGGACCUACUGAUAGUGGCAAAGCUAGCAUCCCAACAACCUUUUUUUAAAAGCAACACUCCAAGUCUGGCGCUCUCAGGCCCCAAAUAUGGAACUCACUUCCUUCACUUCACCCCUCUAUCCCUUCACGCACAACCCAGCCUUCCCACCGGGACUAGAAACAAAAGCCCUUCAAAGACUAACGAGGCAGGCCCUGCCACAGAUCAGACACAUACUGCAAGAGGACAUAGUCAAACCCAUAACACUCCUACUAAACACAGGGAACCCACAUUUUAUGCAGUAGUUCCGCUACAAACAAUUUACGGAAUUUUACUAUUCCAUGCCACAGAGGCUCCUCCUGACUCUGGUUCUAACAUCACUAGAGGCCGUCUGUGAGGAAGAGGACCCCUAGAGCAUGGGAUCUCCUUCUUGUACAGGCUACUUAUGCCGCAGAGGAAGCACCCACCCCUAAGCUUUAUGGGCAAAUGGAAGAUAGCUCUGGGGUAAACCUUCACCCCAGCGAAGUGGCAAAAAAUGUGUGACCUAACCAGCCCAUUGGGCUUGGUGCUGACAAUUAUGAUGGGCCUAUUUACAGAAUCUUAUCGACAGAAAACACUAAAACAGUUGUACAUCCCAAACGUCACGUAUCUGGUGGAGGUGGUGCCGGAGGGAAACUCUCAGCUAACAGAAAACACAUACCAUAUGCUAAUCUCUCACUUUCAUCUUUCAAGUAAAUCUAACAGCAGUGUGGAGUGAAGCCGGAUUUUCGUGGGGGGGGCGCUGAAAAUUCACCAUAGAGAUUCAUUGAUUCAAUGCAUAUCUUUGAGGAAAAGCUGAUUGAUGCAGGGCUGUGUUUUGCCAUGCAUGCGCAAAAGCCUCCCGAUGCUCUCCUGAUCUCCUCCAAGGAGGCCAAACGGGAGGAGACCCAGGACAGGACUAGCCGCAAGGAGACCUGUGUAGCGCUGAUCAAAAGGUGAGUAAAAUCAUCUUUUGCUCUCCUGACAGGGGCCUGGGGGCUUAAAUAUUAAUUUCACAGCAAUAGUGGCAUGAAUACAUGGUUUUAUUCCUGUAACUAUAGUUUCCUUUAAUGAUUGACAUAACUGCCUUAUACAUAUUUAUUAUUGAACUAGGGAAAGCCAGCAUAAAUGGACAUGUGGUUUAUUUAUUAUUCUUUAGAGAAUCAUAUAUUGUUGUAUUUCCUGGACAGGGCAGGACAGAAAUGACAGUUUUUAUUUCAGCAAGCAGUAAAGUACGUUUCACCGGAUAUACCAAUUACAGCUGUUGUAUUCUGUAGGGCAAGCAUGUCAAACUUGCGGCCCACAAGGACCAUCUUUGCGGCCCGGCGAGCUGCGAGUACAUGCUGGUGUUAUCGCAGAGUAGGCACCUGCUUUUCCCACAUUGCAGGUGCCUACUCUGCUAAUACUUACCCGGCCGGGGAGGAGGGCCAGCGGAGGAGAGCUCAGUGUUCCUGCUCCUCACUGCUCCCUCGCGCGCACCAUCUGUAGUGAAGCCAAACGCCGGAAUAUGACAUCAUAUUCCAGCACCUGGCAUUAUUGAACCACGCGAGGGAGCAGUGAGGGGCAGGAAGAAGAUCCCCAGACAGAGGAUCCCCACACCAGUUCCCAAAGGUAGGGAACUAUAAAUUAAAUAAUGUGAGUGCAAGAAUGUUUGUGUGUGUGUCUGUCAGUGAGUGUCUGUCUGUCUGUGUCUGUCAAGGAGUAUGUGUGUGUGUGUUGGUCAGUGUUGCAUUGGCUGCGACUGGACAGUGGAGGUGCAUGGAGGCACGCAACGCCACGUGGCAUCAACGUGCUCCACCUUCACAGGGUUUCAAGAAGUAGCGGGAGGAUCAGAUUUGGCACAGGGUGGUAGAGGAGGGUGCUGUGGUUUAGUAGAGGGACGACGACUGGGAUUUAGUAGCGGGGGUGCUGUGGUUUAGUAGAGUGUGAUGCUGGGUUGGGUUUUUUUUAUAUACUGUACUUUUUUCUAUGAAAACAUAAGGUUUUUGGGGGGGUUUUUUGCGGCCCACAUAAACUUAAACCUUGUUAAAGUGGCCCGUGCCAAACUUUGAGUUUGACGUGCUUGCUGUACAGAAGCAUAUUCAAAGGAGAAGUAGCACACAAAAAAAAAAAACCUGAACAAAAAUGACUUUAUAAAACAUAUGCUAAUACUUCAAGUGACUUUUGAAAGAAGGCCUGUUUGAAAGAAAAGUUUAAAUAUUUUUCCAAAUUCUCCACACCACUGCCACAUCACUUGGGAAUCCUCUCUCAAGGAAGGUGCACACACAAGACUUUGUAGAUAAAUCUUACAUAGUUACAUAGCUGAAAAGAGACUUGCGUCCAUCAAGUUCAGUCUAACUCACAUUUGUUUUUUGCUGUUGAUCCAAAAGAAGGCAAAAAAAACCAGUUUGAAGCACAAUUUUGCAACAAGCUAGGAAAAAAAUUCCUUCUUGACCCCAGAAUGGCAGUCAGGUUUAUCCUUGGAUCAAGCAGUUAUUACCCUACAUUAUCUUGAAGUUUAAUUGUGCAAUCAUACACCAGAAAAUGUGUCGACGUUUCAGUCCUCUAUGGGACUUUUGAGAAAAGUAAAUGCACAUUCCUGAUAUUUAUAUUUUGGCAUAAGUGAUUUGCACCCAGGCAAGGACAAGACCGGGUGAGUGCUGGAUCCACAAUCCACACAUAUAGAUAUUAUAUGUUGAGAUAUAUAUAUAUAUAUAUUUUGUUGAUAUAUGAAUAAUAUAUGUGUGUGUGUGUGUGUGUGUGUGUCUGCACAUACAAAUGCUAUACCAUAAUCCUCCAUUCAGAAGUUUCAAAUAUUUUAAAAGGUCAUUAAUUUCAGUCAUUUGAGAAGGUUCCACAGGGAUGUCUUAGACAGGAUUCAGUGCAUUGUUAAGCUGCUGUAUUAUAAUAAUUAUACAUUUUAUCUUUAUACCUUGGAAUCAAUCUAGGAUCACUCACAUUUUCUUCUCAUGCAAAAUACAGAUAUAUAUCUUUAGUUGGUUUAUGGGUGAAUUAUUGCCAAACUAUUUUGUAGGCUCUCUGAAGUAUUACUAGAUUGGCAAAUACUAGAACAUUCCCAUACUGAACAUAUAUCUUCUUCAAAGGCGUUCACUAUAUUGUGACUAGAAUGCAUUCAUGACCAUCCCUCUCUCUGUGGUUCUGUGUCUCUGCUCCCCAGUAAAACUGUAGUGCAUAGACCUACAUUGAAUGUGUGUCCUGUUAGCAUGGGGUCGCAUACGUGAGCUGACCCAGCCUCAUGUGGACAUUAGACAAAGCAUCUCAUUAAUGGCAGUGGAGAUCCCAUAUUGCUGCUGGGUUGGCGAGUUAAAACUGACUUGGUUUGACUAAUCGGUCACUGUUGUCCCAUCUAUAGGAUAAAAAUGGAGAUGGGGCUCAAGAAUUGGAAAGUAUGCAGUCGGACCGCCUCAGAGUACUUCAGAUGAAUGUAUGCAAUGAGGAGGAAGUCAGCAGGGCUUUGGAGUUUGUGAAAAGGCAUCUUAGAGACCCAGAACACGGUAAUUAAUUUAAUUCUGACAUGCAUCCGUAAACCAAUAAAGGUAAAGCACCCUCCAUUUUAUAAUAACGUACCAAAUCAUAAAGUGUAAAAAAUCCCAGUAACAAAAUCACAUGAAAGAUAAAAGUGAAAAUAAUAAUGGAUAAAGAAAUAGCGAGAGGAAGAAUAGAAUGAGCAGAAUGUAGCGGCAACAAGCCAAUUAAACGUGAAUACACAAGAUAAAAAUUGAAUCUUUCAUUUACACCCGCAAGAAACAUCAUUUUAAAGGUGUAAAUCCAUCAGGAUUUAGAUCUUAACAAGAGAUGUUUGAUAUUGUUAUUACGUAAAUUGAGAUGUAUUCUUUCAAUUGCCUAACAUUUUAGAUUUAUCCCCCUGUGUUACAGCCGUGCAUAAUAACACUCCAUUGGCUUACCUUCCCAUUUCAUCUUCUCUUUUUGUUUUCCCUACUACCCACUUUAUAUACAUUUCUAUACUUUACUGCACUUAUUUUUUAUUCAUGAAACUGUAACUGUUAUUUUAAAAGGUAAACUACAAAUUAUAACAAGUAAUAAAAUAUCCACAAUAUACUGAAUAUUGGAGAUACAGCUGUCCCUGAUUGGCAGCUAAGAUUGUAUUUAAUGUUCAACGUUAUUUUAGUUUUGGGUCCUCGAAGAAGUCCUGUGUUAAACAAAACGUAGGACCAGUUUGUUUUGAUUUGUCUUUAUCUUAUUUUACCUUGUUAAUUUUUUUAGUAUAUGGCAAUGGCAAAAUAAAAGCAGACUUUUGUAUACUAUCCUGUGUUCUGGAAAACAUAUUUGGAGGAAAGUCCACAGCCACAAGUGGAUUUCCAGGUUGGAUAGCCGCCCAAGUAUCUAUAUUGAGGCAACCUAAAGCGAUAAUAUCCAGAAACAGCUUGUGAAUGCAGCUGUACUUGGCAAUACAUUGCUAUAUUAUACUGCGUUACACUAUGUUGUGACUUUUUUUUUUUGGCCGCUGUAUCCCCAAUAUUCGUUGUACAAUGGCUAUUUUGUAAGCAGCGUAUAUUAUGGGAUAUAUACCCAGGUGAAGCAGCAUCCUAAAUAUAUUUGCUAGAUAAGUGUAUUUCUAUCCACAAUUAGAACCUAGUUUGUAGGUUGUUUUGUGUACAUAUACACCAGGUAAUAAAAUAUGUCAGGUUUUGUGCUGAAAUUUAGAAUUGUUAUCAAACAUUUCUUUAUCUUGCUCUGUUGUUUGCAGGUUUGUGGGGUGUAGUAAACAAUGCUGGCAUAGCUACCUACGGAGAUGUGGAAUUUACAGGUCUAGACACAUACAAGAAGGUGGCAGAUGUGAACCUGUGGGGAACAAUAAGAGUAACAAAAGUGUUCUUACCUCUAGUACGCCGAGCAAAAGGUGAGUCACAAUCCAAAAAAAGGCAAAGCUGGAACAAUUGGAGUGAAUUAUUGUUUCUGCUUAUUCUCUGUAAUUAUGCACAGAAUUGCCUUAGCAGAAUAUAUAAUAUAUAUAUAUGUGUGUGUGUGUGUGUGUAAUAUAAUUUAAAAAAAAAAAUUUUAGUUUUUUUUUUUUCAAUCGGAGAGCUGGCUUAGAGGCAGGCUAUUAGAACACAGGGGGUUUGAUCUGCAGCCUCACAGCAUUCCUCUGCUGAUUAAAAGCAAGUUCUGUGUUUUGAGAUGUCUGUUAGUAUAUUACUCCAGCCCUGGAUUGUCCCUCAGGGAUAUUUCUCAGGAGACUGAAGUAUCUGAGGUUUACCAGGUUUCCAGACUAGGAGUUUCUAACUCCCUUGAGGUGUUUGCAGGUGACUGCAGAGUGAGAUGAGACGAUAAUCAUGACAUUCAUAACACACAUUAGAUGGUGGCAACAGAGUCAUGAGACACAAUCAAACUGCGCACAGAUCUCUGUGAAUGCCGUUGCAUGCUGCUCAGGUCAUACUGAUUGAGUUAACUAAAAAAAAAAAAAGCGAACUAUGCGGGGUGUGGAAAAUGAGUAUAGAGUUGAAUAAAACUUAACUUUUAUUGGUAUAAAUAAAAACUAAAACAAAAUAAAUAUAUACAAGCAAAACAACAAAAAAAAUGUACAUACAGAACCAAUAACAUAAUGUAAAAAAUCUCCUUGAUGUUGCUGCAAUGUGAUAUACACUGUCUGUAUAAUGGAAUAAUAAACAAAGUAGCAAUGAAAAGAAACAGAGCAGUGAUAAGGUGAAGGAGUAGCAACAGCAUAGUAUGCACGUCACAGUCAGGCCUAACACUCUGACAGCUGCAAACCAACUAUCUAGGUUAACUAAACCAAUGUGGUGCUAUACCAAUACGAGGGAAGGGGGGAAAAUACCUAUUCUGGCCCCUUGUGCCUUUGAGGGCACCCCCAGUCUAUACCCCUUCUCAAAUAACAAAGUAGGCAGUAGUUUUAGAAGGUAACUAGCAGCUGUGGAGAGAGACUACCUGAAUCGGGAGAAAUAUCAAAACUAUAAUACCAAAAAAUCAACUUCCCAAUCUAUCACAUUAUAGAAACAGACUGGAUAGCUGGUCUGAUAACCAUUGAAGCUACACCAGCUUUGGGAACAUAGUUAGAGCCCCUGACGUACAUUUCGCCAGUGGUGGCUCAUCAGAUGUCAUACAUCUGCACUUCAAAUAAAGUCUGCCUUCACCAGAAACCUCCAGGUGUGCCCAAAUAUUCAACCUAUAGCUAAAAGACAUACAACAUUCACCUAUACAGCGUAGUGCAAGAAACCAGCAUGCAUAAAAUUAAAUGGUAAUUACCCUUUGACAUAAAUGUAGAUAAAAACCAACGAUACCUCUUAAGUCCUCAAAUUAGAAAUACACAAACAGGAUAUCUACAAAAAAUGAAUAAAAAGACCAUAUAGUGUAAUAAUGUUAUUUUGAACUUACAAGAGGUAGAAGAUAAAAAAAGCCCAUCAACAAAUAUCCGUGAAGCAGGUAUCAGUAUACACAGUGUCUUUCACUUCCUCAAGAUAGAUGUGUCAGGAAACAAAUAUAUUAAAAUAAUAAACAGUACAGCAUAUGGAAUGAUACAGUCCUAUGCGUUUUGUCUAUAUCAGCAAGACUUCCUCAGGGCAAAACAUAUUCAGGUUGCAGUUGGUUCAUUGGUCUUUCUGCCUUGAGUUUUGUCUUCAUGCUCGAUCCGGUUGAGAUCAGGUGAUUGACUCGGCCAUUGUAGAAUAUUCAAUUUCUUUGACCGUAAAAAAAACUCCUGGUUUGCUUUUGCAGUAUAUUUUGGGUCAUUGUCCAUUUUGUAAAGUGAAGCACCAUCCAAUCAGCUGAAUCUGAGAAAACAAUAUAGCCCUGUACACGUCAGAAUUCAACCGCUUCUGUCUUCUGUCACAUCAUCCAUAAACACUAGUGACCCAGUGCCAUUUGAAGCCAUGCAUGCCCAUGCCAUCACACACUGCCUCCAACGUGUUUUACAGAUGAUGUGGUAUUCUUCAGAUCCGUUCCAAGCCUUCUCCAUACUUUUUUUUUAUUUUUCUUACCUUCAUUUUGGUACAUGUUGAUGUAUGUUUCAGCUGUCCAAAGAAUGGUGUUCCAGAAUUCUGUUGCAUUUUUUUAGAUGUUUAUUUGCAAAGUCUAAUCUGGCCUUUCUAUUCUUGAGGCUUAUGAAUGGUUUGGACCUUGUGGUGAUCCUUCUAUUUGCUCUUGUGAAGUCUUCUCUUUGUGGUAGCUCUGGAUAGUGAUAUGCCUACCUCCUGGAGAGUGUUCUUCACUUGGCUGGAUGUUUUGAAGAGGUUUAUCUUUACCGUGGAAAGGAUCAUAUGAUCAUUCGCGACUGUUGUUUUCCAUGGACGACAAGGCUUUUUUGUGUUACAAAGCUCACCAGUGCAUACUUUUUUUUUUUUUUCCUCAGAAUGUACCAAACUGUUGAUUUGGCCACUCCUAAUGUUCCUGCUAUCUCUCUAGAUUUUUUAUUUGCGGACUAAUGAUGGAAUGUUUCACUUACAUUGAGAGCUUCUUUAAUGCAUGUUGUGGGUUCACAGCAACAGGUUCCAAAUGCGAAACAACUCCAGACCUGUUACCUGCUUAAUUGAUGAAGAAAUAAUGAAGGAUAGCCAACACCUGUCCAUGAAAUAGCUUUGGAUUCAAUUGUCCAAAUACUUUUUGUCCCUUGGGAAAAAAGAAGGGGCUACAUAUAUUAGGGCUGUAAUGCCUAAACCCUUCCUUCAAUUUGGAUGUGGAUAUCCUCACAUUAAAGAGAGACUGCACCUUAAGCACAUAUUCAUUAUUUAACUGUAACUUGAAUUUAUUUAAGUAUACAGCUAAAAUAACAAAAUGUAUGCCAGUGUCCAACUAUUUCUGGACCUAGCUGUAUUUUAUAUGUGCGAGUGUGUGAAUCAAAGGCAAUGAACGUUUUUCAUUCUUAGAACAUUAACCUGAAAGUCACCCAAACUAGAAUUGUUGUAUGUAAUGCUUUUAAGCUUACUAAAUCCUAUCCUUUGCAGGAUUUAAAAAGAUUAAUUUAUGCGUAUAUUCUUUUAAAAUCGCUCACAAGCUACAUCUCCCUUUAGAAUGAAGUAUAAUUGACAAACUAAGAAAUACACUAGGUGGCGCAUUCAACAUGCAAACGAAAAGUGCAAGUGCAGAAUAAAUAAAUACCAAACUGGCUCAGGUAAAAGCGUUUAUUGAAGUGGUGAUGGUUAUCCAGUAUUCACUCCAGCCAAUAGCCUCUCUCUCUCAACAUAUAUAAAUGGAAAGGCACGAGAUUAGAUAUAAACAUACAAUUUAUUGAACAAGAAAAUUGUAAAAUCUUACAUAAAAGUACAGUCUUGAGCUACAAUUCCUUAAAACACAUGUUUCGACCUCUCAGUAGAUCUUCAUCAUGUGUAAUGAACGGUGUCCGGUCACCUAGGAGAAUAUACACCGCUCUAAAUCGCCCCGGAAAGAGGUACAUGUGGGAUAAGAGCCCUCCUCUCAUUCCCAUAUAUGGUCCAUACCCGAUGUACCUUCCACCACCUCUAACAUGGCGGAACGUCCGGUUAUGACCCAAACACAUAAAAAUAUACAUUUCUACCAAUCGAUUUUAGUUUUAUAAUGUUAGUGAAUUGUCAGCAAUGGCCUAUAACUUCACUUAGAAACCGGGAUAAAUGGUCGUCAUGGGUAUGAUGAAAGUUGAAUCUCGAUUUCUGCAGUUUAGAAAGAUCUAUGCAGGGUAUGGGUUUCCUCUGGAAAAUGCUGCAGUAACAAAGAUCCAAUCUAGUAGGAUAGGUAAAUUCAAAAGAAUUUACAAACCAGAGAUUUCAUGAGAAAUAAGUAUACAAUGAUAAAAAAGCAAGAAUACACUGCUACUGUGGGCAUGCCGUCUCAUCACCUCAUAAAUAGGACACCAGAGGACCAAAGUGGGACAGAGUUUGGAACGGGUAUUGCACGUGUUCAGAGGCUGCUUGUGGCAUUGCAUAUAUGUAGUAUACUGUGUGUUAUCUGGGUAGUAUUUGUGGCUAGGGCUGUAGUGUGUCUGUGUCUUAGGGGACUAUUGGCUGUAGAGUGUGAAGGGUAGAGAAAUUUUAAAUAAAUGAAACCUUAAUAGUUAUUAAAUGUGUGGUUGUGGUGGAGAUAAAAAUCUCACAGGUGAGGAGUAAAUAAUAUGGAUAGAGACUAAACUCUACUGGACUGGAUGGGGUUCCCACCUUAUAUCCCCUAUAAGUGCAAUCUAAAAGUAAGAUGUUCGAUAAAAUCUAACUAAAUGCCCAGGAGUGAUAUAGGAAUAUUAAAUAGUGCUAUAGAACAAAAUAUACAGAAAUGAAUAUAAUGCUUUAAAUUACCUCUUUAACAGCUUGUGUGAGGUAUGAUAAACAAAUAUCAGUAUUUUCCUUAAAGUUCAAUAUUGGGAAUCAAAGUUCACAAUGUAGCAAUAACAUACAAUAAUAACUGUAUAUAAACAUUGAAUUGUAAAAAAGCUGCAUAUAAGUCCACAAUAAUAGCGGCUAAUAUAGUCUCUGUUAAAUACAGUUCUAUAGCUGUGGUUAAAAUGUAAGCUGAUAGCAGUUGACUCCAGUUACUGGAUUGGCUGGGGUAUAUCUGCUAAAUUAGCAAGUAUGAUAUAGUACAAAAAAACAAUAAUGGUCUCCUUUAGAUGAUGAAUUAGCUUGGAAAAUUGUACACUGCUGAUUUUAUAAUAAACUUGAAAAUCAUAGGCAAGGAUUUAAAGUUCUGAGUAAUCGUAACAAAAAAAAAAUCCAUAAUGUUUACUCUAUCAAAGAAAACAUCUUAUUCAACAAAUAUAAUAAAAAAGUAGUUUGGUGAAAAUUACUCACUAUCUGCACCAAGUGGUUAUUAGAAUGCUACUGAGUUCGUUGGUGACAGCGUAGUUUGUGUAUCCGUUCUCCAUUUUGCUUGUCUUGGCCCAGAGAAGGGGCUACAUGCUAAUCCCCUGAACCAACACGAAAUAAAUGUUUUCAAUUUUAAAUCUGUGUGUUUAUUUUAAACAUUGUAAUUUUCUGCACUCUUGAAGAAAUGUAAUUACACACAUAAGGCUAUUGCUGGCUAUUGGCCAAAUUUCACACACAGUGCAAUAAAGGUAGCUCAAAAAUGCUACUGGCAUUGGGAGGCCCUUUGGUUUAUGUCAGAGAGCUUUGUUGUACAAAGAACUGGGGGACGGUGCCCUUUCUAACUCCAUCUCUGGCAGUAUCACUGAGAUGUCAAUAGCCAACAUUGGACAAGAACUCUGUCAAUUCUGUGCACAUUUCAAUGCACAGUGUGCCAUUCAUUGGCUGAGUGAGGUCAACUGAUGCUGUCUGCAAAUUAAUUGUGACUGGAUCCAUUUCUGCUUGGAAGGGAGUAACACACAGAGAGAGGGGUUGGAAGAGACACACAAAGGGAAGAAAUGGUGAUAUGAUAUACUAAAGGGGGUGUUAGACAAAAGAGGAAUAAACUGAAGACAUUCAAAAAAGAGCAGAAGAAACACAAAAGUGGGUAAGAAAUCCAUGAGGAUGAUUAAGGGACACACAGGUGAAGAUUCAUUUUUUUUAAUUUAUUUUUUUUUUUUGGAGGGGGCAGCAACGGCAAAAUGCAUCAUUACCUGUAGCCAUAAAUCCUUGCAACUGCCCUGGUAUUUGUUGUACUGUUAAUUUGGCUAUAUUGCUGUAAAAAUAUUUUGUCAAAUAAUGAGGGGUCAUUGGUAAAAGUUUGGUGAUACUGCUUGCAAACAUCAGCAACUUGGGGACGGUAGUAUCAGUGUUUGUUCUGCUUAAAUGCAAACACUUUGCACAUCUUUGGUUAAAAAGUGUUUUCAGUCCUGGUAUUUUUAAUGGUGCAUUCGAUAACUGAAUGAUGGUUCUGUUAAAAUGUCAUUAAAUGUUCUGUGAAAGCUUGUGGUCGCUUAAGCGUCACAUUUUUAUUGUUUUAUUGUUUAAAUGUUUUAAUUCUUAAUGUUUACAUCCAUAAAUAAGUUUAUGUAAGAAUAAAAGAAGUUGUGCUUUUCUGUCCUUUUGGCCUCUCAUAGGUAUAAAUAAGAAAGAAUUAACUUGGGGAACCAUUAACGUGAUGUAAUUUUGCUUUUCUAUAUAAUUUUUUUUAUUUUAUUCCACCCCCACCCCCAGGUCGUGUGGUUUGUAUGGUAAGCAUGCUUGGAAGAAUGGGCAGCCCAUCUCGAUCUAGCUACUGUGUAUCAAAAUAUGGCGUGGAGGCAUUUUGUGACUGCCUGAGACAAGAAAUGUACCAUUGGGGAGUCAAGGUGAUUGCCAUUGAACCUGGAAACUUUAUUGCUGCCACAAAUAUUUUCACAAAAGAUGGUGUGGAAAAACAAGCUGAGGAAAUGUGGGAAAAAGCCUCAGAUGUUGUGCAAGAGGAUUAUGGUAAACCUUAUUUCAUUCAACAGGUUGCUAGAAUGAAAUCCUUUGUGAGCUCCGGUUCAAAGAACAUGUCAAGUGUUAUUAAUGCAAUUACAGAUGCUCUUAGUUCAAAAUAUCCAUACACACGAUACAACCCCUCGGAAACCUAUUGGUGGAUAAAGGUCCAAAUUAUGACUCACCUUCCAACUGCCAUUGCUGACAGGAUUUACAUACGUUAAAACUGUAACAUUUGCCACAAGUGAUUUUCUGUUACUACCAUGAAUCAACUCUAUGGGAAACAACCCCUAAAAAAAAAAAUCUAGCUAAUAUUUAGAAUCUUCGAAGACCUCUUUACAGCCAGAAUGUGGACAAUAAAUAAAUCAUGCAGGUGGUAUAUCUUUGGAAUAGGUAAAUCAAAUUAAUCUGUCGUCUAUAAAACUUAAGGCUGACAGGGUCGUGUUUUGUAGGCAUACAUGUAAUCUAUACAUUGUGCUAACUAAAUUGCCAGUCGCCAAUAAAUGUAUAGCUCAAAUAAUAUACAGUCAUGGGAAAAAGAAACACCCUCUUUGAAUUCUGUGGUUGUACAUUUACAUAGUUUUGUCAUCUCAAUCCAUGACUGUCGCUACCUAGAGGAACAUUUCCUAUAAGUUUAAGAGGACAACUGCAACAAAUGCAUUACAUAUUCCAUAAUGGUUAAUUUGUGGCUGUAAUGCUAAACAUUGUGUGAUACCACAUGCAUUACUUGGAGGCGGGCCAGGUGAGCGCAAGUCUUUUAGACUAUAAAAGUCUGAGAAUGCCAAACUAAUUUAGGGAAACAUUUGCACUAUUCAUUUUUUAACUGCAGGAUAUUUCUUAAUGAAAGGUGUCCUUCAAAAUGGACCUCGCUCACAAAAAUAAAUUUACAUACAGAUGCAUUAUAAUUUUGAAUUAUAAUUUCUGAAGUCUUUUAACAAUAUAUUAUUUAACUAAAACUGCCAUUAGCCAAGUUGCUGGGAAAAUAUCAUGGCUGCUAUAACCCACUGCCUCUGGAAUGACAUGGAUUGCCAAUCCAAGGUCUCAUGGAAGAAAGUGCAUCAGGUGGUGCCCUUAUAAACACAGAGCUGGAUGUACACAAAGCCUUUAACCUAUUGAGUGGAGGAUCCACAGAAGUCACUUUUCAAAGAUACAUGUUGAAUAUGAAUUUGUGACAUGUAUAAUGUCGGCUUUCAAAGGAUCUUUAAUUCAUUCCUGAUCUUGCUAUUAUGGAGUGGGUUUCUAUGACCAGAGGCUGUAAAGGCAACAAUAAAUUCUCUAUUUUAGAGAGGCAAUGUUAUUACCAUUGAACCUAUUUUACUGCCACCAAUAAUAUCACCUGAGAUAAUACGGAAUAUUUAUUAAUUACCCAGUUUGGACAUCCAGCUUCAGAUUUUCCAUAUAGGAAAGCAUUGAAUAGGCAUCUUAACUCCUAUGGGGAUGUCUAAUGGGCACGCGGCCAUUGCCACGCACGUGCAUUAGGUUUCCUCUGCCGGCUGACGUGUGCGUGAAAGAGCGUGGGCGCAGCCUGACGUGUGGGAAUUUGUUAGAUAUGAAUUGCAACUCAGGGAAACUUUACUGGGGUCCAGGUUUGAGGGGAAAUCCUAUUAUUCUGAAACAAAUUUGACCCUAGUUAACAUUAUAUACACUGAAAGGCAAACGUGCAAGAAUAUAAAUUAUUUUUCGGUAUAUUUUAAAAAUUACGCACAUGGUCUAUAAAGACAUUUGAAUGGCACUCUGGAAUAAGAAAAUGUGUCCGUAUUUGAUUGACCUUUGUGAUUAAAAGAAGUAAUGUUACCAAUAUGUAAACGCAAUAUGUAAUUUCUGUUUGUAUUACAGUUUUAUUAUUCAGUUCCAACUGAAAAGAUUUUAUUAACCUAAUGUAUAUAACAUACUGACAAUAAAAGUUUUAAAUCCGUUUUUAUAUUAUCAAA